AUGGAAGUCAAUAAUGUUGCUGUCAUGAGGCGACGAAAUGACAGCUGGUUGAACGCCACCCAGAUUCUCAAAGUCGCAGGAGUGGACAAGGGUAAGCGCACAAAGAUCUUGGAAAAGGAGAUCCAGGCGACCGGCGAGCACGAAAAGGUCCAAGGAGGCUAUGGAAAAUACCAAGGCACCUGGGUAAAGUUUGAGCGCGGUCUCGAGGUGUGCAAGCAAUACGGCGUCGAAGACUUGCUCAGGCCACUCCUUACCUACGACAUGGGCCAGGAUGGUGGUGUCGCCGGCCGCGGUGACUUCAAUACACCUACCAAGGAGCAGGCCAUGGCUGCGAUGAGGAAGCGCAUGUAUAACGCAGGCGCCCAGGAGCGCAACAAUGGCCUUUCGGGGACGUUUUUCAAGAACAUCUCUAGCACCGCUUCCCACGCCGUUGCCGCAAUCAGCAAGGCACGAUUCGAAUCUCCCGGUGCGAAGAACAGGAACGGUGUCCCCAGAGCCCCCAGUUUCAGCAGGCAAACCUCCAUGUCCCAGAAUCCAGAAGACGGCUUUCCCAGCAACUCCCAGCAAAGCUAUACCUCUGAAUAUGGACAUGCGGUCGAUUCGGCCUACUCCACGCAACAAUCCGCCCACAUGCUCGAUCAGCCCGACCCGCCGAGGAAACGACAGCGGGUAGCGAUGACCCCGGCGGAUAGCUUUGCGUUCAAUGGCAACGCUGAAGCUCUUGCGAGCGCCUUCCCGGGCUCUCCCACCGAGCCGAACGAAUCUUUCCUCUACUCGCAUGCCGGCAUCAACGAGCAGCAGCCCCACGACGGCUUCAGCCCCUCCCCCUUGCCCUACGAGAUGUCUCCGGAAGCAGAGCAGCGCAAGAGCACGCUGCUGAGCCUAUUCCUUGACGCCGGUUCCCUGGAGCACACCAAAUUCGACGACAUCAUCAAGGGUAUGUCACCGAGAGAACUCGACAUGCCCAUUGACAACCACAGCCACACAGUCUUGCACUGGGCCGCCGCCCUGUCGCGUCUUCCACUCCUCCGGGCUCUCAUCGCAGCGGGGCCAGCCCCUACCGAGUGA